CCGGAUUACCUCCCACUCCGGCUCUCUCUCUCUCUCUCUCUCUCUCGGUAUCCGGCUCCGGAUUUCACCGUCUUGUGGUAUCCGGAUUGUUCUCAGUGCUGUUGAGCUGUUUGGGGUACCCGUGUAAUGGUGAUGUGUAAAGAUAAUGAAAGUAGCAGCCAACUUAUCGUUCAUGUUCGGGGAAGCGGGUGGACUGCUGGCACGCUACAAGGCGGCCAAAGAGACAGGCUUCCUAGCAGUUGAAUGUGCCUUCCCAUACUCCGUCCCUGAGCAAGAGGUAGCAGCUGUCCUGAAAGAGCAAGGCCUUCAACAAGUUCUUAUCAACUCUGAUCCAGGGGAUACUCAUGCUGGGGAGCUCGGGUUUGCAGCCAUUCCAGGGAAAGAGGCACGCUUUAGAGAUAGUCUUGAGCGAUCCAUUUUAUAUGCAAAGGCACUCGGCUGCAGCAAGCUUCACAUAAUGUCAGGACGUCGAUGUGAAAAUCAUGAUGAAAGUGCCCACAUUACGACUUUUGAGGCCAACCUCAGGCAUGCUGUCGGCCGUCUUGCUGAAGAAAACAUCACUGGGCUCAUAGAACCCAUUAAUCCAGUCUCCAUCCCAGGCUACUUCCUCAAUAACUAUGAUACAGCUGUGUCUGUAAUAGAGAAGAUCAACUCUCCCAACCUACGACUUCAGCUUGACAUCUUCCACCUGCAGAUGAUUUGUGGCAACGUUUCUAACAACAUUAAGAAGCUUGCACCUCUUAUUGGACAUGUGCAGAUAGCCCAAGCUCCUCAUCGGCAUGAGCCAUCAUGCCCAGGGGAACUAGAUUACAUAUUUAUUUUCAGCAAGUUGCGAGAGGCAGGGUACAGUGACUAUGUUGGUGCGGAAUACACUCCUUCUGGCAGCUCAAGUGGUUCUCUUCAGUGGAUGCAGCAGUGCGGUCUUACGUUCUAACGACAAGAACAGCAUCAACAGAAGUUCUCUGGUAUUGCGUCUGCACCCAGUAAAUUGAUAUUUAAAAACGUGAAAAAGAAUAUUUUCAAGUUUUUCUUCCAUUUUGCAUACAAAUUAAUAAUUCUAUUGUCAUUUGCUUAGCUAAAUUAAUUGUGGGCUUCAGUUUCUGAACCCAUUAUGUUCUUCUGUAUCCCUUUCUACCACAGCCCACGGGAUGGGUAUGGGGUGUAUAAUAAAUAAAUGAAUCUGAAAAACAAUGAAAAAUUAUUUUUAAAAUGAUAAAAUUAAUUCUGUGAAAACAUAGGUGUUGACAAGUCUUUUCAUAUAUUUUGAGAUUCGCUCUACAGUACUCGCCUACACAAGAAGUAAAUACAUAGGUUACAUGUCAUUAAAUUUUCAGUGUUAUAUGGCCUGUGAUCAUCGUGAUCAUUCAUUUGUCUCACCCGGGAAUAGAACCCUGGAUCCCUGAUAAGGAGUCAGGAACGAAGCCAGCUGUACAUGCUCAUAUACCAUAAAUUAUCAUCACUUUAUUAUAUUAUUAUUAUUAUAAAUUAUUAUUACCUGUGUCAAACCUUUUGUUCAACAAGAUGAUUGAUUAAUUAGUGCACCUUGUCUAGUCUUAGUUAUGUGACUUAUUUGAAAACUUAUUUAGCCUAUCAGAAUGUUCAACAUAUAUUAGUAUCAUAUACCAGUUGUAAUACAUUUAUAAACAAUGAAAGAUGUGCUCUUUAUUUCCCUCAGGAACUAGUCAAGGGAGGAGUUGUGUAAAUACUAUACUUUAGAUUGACAUUUUCCUAGUCCCACAAGAAAUGUUCAUCCCUCAAUUUGGACAGUGUAAGUAAAGGCAAAGCUUCCCAUGUUUAAAAUGGAGUGGAAGUUGUCAAUUGUUGCUCUUUUUAAUAUUUGAGAUAUCUUUAUUCUUAAAUAAAAUUGAAGGAUAAACUAG